CGGGCUGAACCUGGGGCUGCGCCUCUGGCGCGCGGGCAGGAAAGGGCCUCCCCCAGCCCCGUCACCCUUCCUGCCUCUCUGGGUGGUGGGGCGCCCACCGCAACUCCAGCCCCUUGGGAUGGGGUGGAGGGGAAUUUCGGGGGGAACCUCCUCCCAUUCUUGCACGGCCGCUGGUCUUCACGCUCGUAUCCGGCGUGUCCUGCACCCUCCAGGUGGAACCCUCGCCCUGGGACCCAGGCGAGACUUGGGAGCAUCCCAUCCCCGCCUCCUUCUCAGAGUCCCCUCCUCCCCCCGCUGCUGAGCUGUAAAAAUGUUUUCCUCUUCCUUGUCCAUCCCAACGCUGCUUCUCUCAUUUCCUGCGUUUAGCAGAAUUUCCCACAUCUUACAGAGGCGCCCUUGGUUCUUUCUCCAGUGUUUUUGUCAUUCGGGAACUUAAUUUUUGUUCCUAAUAAUUUCUACAAUUAGACAGAGUUGACUGCAGGCAGGUGUUAAUGGAAAGCGCCCAGAAAUGCUGUAUUCUUGUAAUUGUGGAGAACAGAUUAGAUGGAAGUUGUCACUACGUACCUCAAUGUGUUCUUUAUUCGAACUGACAGACAGGAAAGUAGAGCUUUUGCCAUAUUUGUUUGGGUAACGGUUUUCCGAAGGCUUCCUGUUAUAUUGGUAGGAAACCAUUACAUUUCUAAAUUUGUGAAUAGAAUAGCAUGACUUGUUUCUGUGUUAGAGUUCCUGUCUUCCUUGACCUUUGUACCAAAAGAUCUUCUCUCCCCACUUAGUCAACAUCUGCUAUAAACAUGUAUACAGUAUGUUUAUAUUAUAUAUUAUGAAAUUUAUUUAUCUGAGUUAUGAGCUGUUAGCCGCAGACACAUUUUAUCAUUAUUUCUGCCUGACUUUUACAUUCAAUAUCAGUUUACUAAACAUAAUUUAAUUGGAACGUGUCUAUUGUGUAAUAUAUCCAUUUGGAGCCAACAUAGAAGAGAUGACAAGUAGUAUCUCAUUACUACACAGUGUUUGCUCAUGACCAGAAACUACCAAAUAAGAAUAAUGUUUAAGUGUGAAUGUGUUGGAAAUUGUGAUGUGGUAAAAAGGAAGAUAGAAUAUGAAAUAGAAAAGAAAUAAGGGAAGAAAGCAUUUUACAGAUAAUUUAAUUCAACUUUUAUUGAGGGACUACUGUAUGCUUGAGACUUAGGUUAAAAAAAAUGAAUGAGAAGUUAUUGUGGGGUGACAGAACUGGAAACAGUUACAUUACUGAAUGAGUAUCUGUGGCGUAUUCAGGUACAGUGGGAACAAGCACAGAGAUGGGAUUAUUUAACGUGCUCCAGGGAGAAAGAAGACUUUUCACAGAAGAGUCUAUGCUUGAGCUGAAUCAAAAAGAAUCAAUAAGACUUCAUCUGUCAAGGGAUGAUGGCAAAGGCAGAAUAUAUUCCAGAUGGAGAAACAAUAUGUGAUGUGAUGGGGAAAGGGGAGCAUGAAAGACCAUACCUUGUUCUUUUCAAGAGCUUCAGUUACUUUAGUAAGCCUGGAACUUAUGGAGAGGAUGGUUGGGGUUGAAGCUGGAAAGAAGGUCAGGGGGUCAGAAACUUGGUGGACAACAAAUAGGCAGUGAAAGCAACUGCAAAAGGGAUGACAUAUUUGAAAGAUCACCUUAUGCCAUGUGGAGGAUGGAUCGGAAGAAUCAACAAUUAUUGGCACGGAGAUUCUUGUAAUAGUCCAGGAAUUAGAUGCAAUGGACCCUCACCAGGGCAGUGGUAAAGGCUUCUAAAGAAGAGGGUGGAUUUGGGUGAUGUUUGGAAGAUUGAAUCACCUUGACUUGGAGACUCACUGGAAGGUGGAGUGCAACAGUGGUAUCCUUCCUCCAAGCUCUUGUGGCGUUAUCUUUCAGUGGAGCUAUUGGACUGACUUUUCUUAUGCUGGGAUGUGCCUUAGAGGAUUAUGGUGUCUACUGGCCCUUGUUUGUCCUGAUAUUUCACGCCAUCUCACCCAUUCCCCACUUCAUUGCCAAAAGGGCCACAUAUGACUCCGACGGGACAAGCAGUGCUUGUCGGGAACUGGCAUAUUUCUUCACUACUGGAAUUGUUGUUUCUGCCUUUGGACUUCCUGUCAUUCUUGCUCGCGUGGCUGUGAUCAAAUGGGGAGCCUGCGGCCUUGUACUGGCUGGCAAUGCAGUAAUUUUCCUUACAAUACAAGGCUUUUUCCUUGUAUUUGGAAGAGGAGAUGAUUUCAGCUGGGACCAGUGGUAGCACUUUAUUCUGAAAUAAUACAUUGAAUGUCUUUAAAUUCAUACUAUAUAUGUGUGCACAAGUGGCAUUUUACUAUGAAAUUUAAUAUGCUGUUUUUUUAUACCUUUAUACCAUAUUCACUUUAAGGAAGACUGAAUGUGUAAAAACAUAGUUUUAUUCCUAGCCAGUAGACCCCAUCAUUUACUCUAGUUGAACUAUGUUACUUGUUUGGCUGUUCAUGUAGUCAUGCUCCUUCUUAUAGACUAUAGGCAAUGCAGCUAAGCCUUUACCCUGGGGAUAUGCUUGGGUAGGCAGAUAACAUGCAAGGAGGUCUCAGUUCUGCUUAGGACUUUCAAGAUUUAUUUAUGACCCAGAAAGGCAGAAGUGGCUCUCUUCAUGUGUUAUAGACCACUGCUUCUCAAAGGGUGGUCCAUGGACCAAGGGCAUCAUCAUCUCUGGGGGCUUAUUAGAAAUGCACAAUCUGAAGCCCCACCCAAGACCCACUGCAUUUUUAUGAGAUCCCAAGUGAAUCACAUGCACAUCAAAGUUUGAGCAGCUCUGUCAUAGAAGGAUAAACAGUACGCCUACUUAGCCUCCUUGUCUUCCUGUGGGCUGAGCCACUUAACCUCAGGACAUCAGUUGCUCAUUUGCAAAACUUGUCUCACCUGCCCUCAUGUUGAGGCCUAGUCCAGACACUCUUUGAUACUUGCUGAAUGUUCAUACCUAUAAUAUAUAGGCUGUACCUCACAUUUGUGGAAAAGGUUCUUGGUAAGAAACAGAUGUGGUCUCUCAUCCUCUGAAAGGAGUAGCCAUUUCACAGUGCAGGGGGACAGUAAUUGGAAAGCCCCAGUAACCUCCAGGGGAGGGACAGGGCUGGAAAUAGCUCUGCUUCUAGCAGGUUGGGGAAGCACAGAGACAUAAUACUUUUUUAUUUCCCUUUAUAAUCUGGCACUUUACCCCUACUCCUUCCCUACCUCACCCAUACCUAUUCCCCAGCAGUUCUGAUUUGUCUUUACUUCUCAAUGGCUCUUGCCUCUCCUUCUUGUAAUAGACGCAUGGAGCCAAGUAAGCAAGCAGAGGAUGGACUGCUCAAUUGUAUUACAUGUUGAUGGACUCGUUGUCUUUCAUGUCCCUUUAGUACUUCUAUUUUUUUUUAUAACUUCAUGCCACCUUUAAAAGAAUCAUUUGGAAUAUAUUUCAUGCUGGACCCUGUAAUCACAGCUUUUCUGGCACAACUAACUUUGUUCAUCCAAGAGCUAUUAGGAAAUGGAAAUAUAAUCAGAAUAUAACCAAUGAUUUUUAAACAUUAUUAAUGUAUGAUAAGACAUACAUUCAGAACACUUAAACCUUGAGGUUUUAAUCUAGGUAAUUGGCAUACCCCUGCAUAUUCUGUUAUAAUGUUGGGAUCAGGAAAAGAUAAAUGUGAUAUCUAAAAGGAUAAUGUUCAAAGUAUUCUUUGGCUUUGUGCAUGACUUCAUGUUUUUAGCUUUCUAUGUAUGUAUAGAAUUGUUAAAGCUGUUAUUUCCAAUAUUUAUAUUAGAAAAAUUAAUAGACACUUUAUAAAUUUACCAUCAUUUUAAAUAACACUUGUACUUACUGUAUUGUAAUAAAUUUCACUUUUGGCACUAGAAAAGUUUAAUUUUACAAGUCU